UAUUCUGUUACAUUGUAGCAAAAUGGCGACUGUCAUUCACAACCCCCUGAAAGCGCUUGGGGACCAAUUCUACAAGGAAGCCAUUGAACACUGCCGGAGUUACAACUCCCGGCUGUGUGCGGAGCGCAGCGUGCGCCUCCCUUUCCUGGACUCACAGACAGGAGUGGCCCAGAACAACUGCUACAUCUGGAUGGAGAAGAGGCACCGAGGCCCAGGCCUUGCCCCUGGCCAACUGUACACGUACCCUGCCCGCUGCUGGCGCAAGAAGAGACGAUUACACCCGCCAGAGGAUCCAAAGCUGAGACUGCUAGAAAUCAAACCUGAAGUGGAGCUGCCCCUCAAGAAGGAUGGUUUUACCUCAGAGAGCACUACCCUGGAAGCCUUGCUCCGUGGUGAGGGGGUGGAGAAGAAGGUGGAGACCAGAGAGGAGGAAAACAUCCAGGAAAUACAGAGAGUCUUGGAAAAUGAUGAAAAUGUAGAAGAAGGGAAUGAAGAAGAGGAUUUAGAAGAGGAUAUCCCCAAGCGGAAGAACAGGACCAGAGGACGGGCUCGUGGCUCUGCAGGCGGCAGGAGAAGGCAUGACGCUGCCUCUCAGGAAGACCAUGACAAACCUUACGUCUGUGACAUCUGUGGCAAGCGCUACAAGAACCGACCGGGACUCAGCUACCACUACGCCCACACUCACCUGGCCAGUGAGGAAGGGGACGAAGCCCAAGAUCAGGAGACCCGCUCCCCACCUAACCACAGAAAUGAGAACCAUAGACCCCAGAAAGGCCCGGAUGGGACCGUCAUACCCAAUAACUACUGUGACUUCUGCUUGGGGGGUUCUAAUAUGAACAAGAAGAGCGGGAGACCCGAAGAGCUGGUGUCCUGUGCAGACUGUGGACGUUCUGCUCAUUUGGGAGGAGAAGGCAGGAAGGAGAAGGAGGCAGCGGCCGCAGCUCGCACCACGGAGGACUUAUUCGGUUCCACAUCAGAAAGUGACACGUCAACUUUCCACGGCUUUGAUGAGGACGAUUUGGAUGAGCCUCGCUCCUGCCGAGGACGCCGCGGUGGCAGGGGCUCGCCCACAGCAGAUAAAAAGGGCAGUUGCUAAACUCAUGGAACAGACUCUGGGGCAGUUUGCCACCACCCUCUGACUUUGGUCAUUGUUCUGGUUCUGAUGUUUUUGGUUGGUGUUUUUUUUUUAAAAUGAAAGAAAAUUUUAGAUUUCCCCUUUAUUCUUUUUCCUCUCAUCCUCCACGCAUCCCCUCCUCCCUUCCCUCUCUCUGGGUAUGUACAACAGAAGCACAAACUACUGAAACAGAAUGAAACAGAGGACCGAAUGAGAGUCCUUCAAGGAGAGAUGGAUGUACUAUUUACUUUUUAUAGAAAGGGGAAAGAAAUGGGAAAUUAGAGUAUCUUUUUGGGGGUGGGGGAGGGAAGCUUUUCGACAUGAGCAGAGUUGAUUUCCUCAGUUUUCCUAUUUAUUGGCAAAAUGGAGAGAAGGACUAUUGGGUUGAGAAACAAAGACCCAAUAAUAUUAAAGAAAUAUAUUAUUUAUAUAUUCUAGCUGUU